CUUUCCCAACAGGGCAAGAAGGACGUGUGUCAAAUUUUCAACAACAUUCUGCGGCGACAAAUCGGAACCCGGAGCCCCACCGUCGAAUACAUUUGUUCCCAUCAGCAGAUCUUAUUCAAGCUCCUUAAAGGCUAUGAAACACCACAGGUGGCUUUGAAUUGUGGGAUCAUGCUGAGGGAGUGCAUCCGACACGAGCCCCUCGCAAAGAUCAUUCUUCAUUCAGAGCAAUUCCACGACUUUUUUAACUAUGUCGAAAUGUCCACCUUCGAUAUUGCCUCGGAUGCAUUUGCUACAUUUAAGGAUUUGCUUGUGAGACACAAGGUGUUAGUUGCUGAAUUCCUAGAGCAGAACUAUGAUGCCGUUUUCAGCGACUAUGAGAAGCUGCUUCAUUCAGAAAACUACGUGACCAAGAGGCAGUCGUUAAAGCUUUUAGGGGAGCUGCUACUGGAUAGACAUAAUUUUACUAUCAUGACGAAAUACAUCAGCAAGCCGGAAAAUCUCAAGCUCAUGAUGAACCUCCUUAGAGAUAAAAGUCCCAAUAUCCAGUUUGAAGCUUUCCAUGUGUUCAAGGUGUUUGUGGCCAACCCAAACAAAACUCAGCCAAUCGUCGACAUCCUCUUAAAGAAUCAGAGCAAACUCAUCGAGUUCCUCAGCAACUUCCAGAAGGACCGGACAGACGAUGAGCAGUUCAACGACGAGAAGACCUACCUGAUCAAACAGAUCCGGGACCUGAAAAAGCCAGCUUCCUAGAGUUGACGUUUUCGAGAUUCCAUUUUUAUGAUUAAAUUGCUUUUCUUUUUUAAGCCUUCUUUUACUUCACUCUAGUAUUUCUCUGUUCAUCCUCCUUGUUUAAAGCAACAUUCAAAUAAAAAGCUUUUAUUUCUGUAAUUUUCCCCAUAAGCACCAAAGGUCACACUUACUAACCACAAGGGAACAUGUCCGACUUGCGUCUAAACAAGCAACUAAUGAAAGCUUAACGAGUCACCGAGGACUUGAGUUGUGUGCAUCGUGCGAAUCUCCAUUACCAUCGUGAUGAGGGAAUACAAAAAGAGCCAGCAAACACUUCAGUAAGCAGGAGAACUUCCUGGCGCCUUUCUUCCUCCGGAAAGCCAUCUUGAAUGUACAGACCUCGGCAGCGGCGCACAGAUGGAGAGCGGGCAUACGGACAGUCGAUAGUCGUGGGACACGCCGAUCUGAGUUCCUCCUCCUCCUUUGUGUUAGAUCCUCUUUCACAAGACACACUUUAAGGUUCCUGGCUGGUGACUGUGCUGCAGGACGUCGUUUUGGGGUCACAUCGAGUUCUGUUGCAGAUCAGGUGAUCGAGUAACUUUUGGCUUUUAUUUACGCUGAAUCUGUAUGAAUAUUUUUGUAUUUGCUUUUUGCCUUUACUUGUCUGAACGCAGAUAUGAUGUUUGUUGGAGAGUGGAGUGAAUGAACGAACGAGUGAACCGCAGCUUACGCUCUGUAGAGGAAAACAAAUUUUGAGAUUUUUAUUUUGUGAUUGCUAUUUAAGUAUAUAUUUGAUCUGUAAUAUGGUGAUUAUUGUUGUUGUAGUUUUUUUUUUCCUUCUACUUUUGUUCUCUUUUUUUGGUUCUUGAAUUCAGGCAGCUAACAAGUUCUCUCUUCAUGAAGCACUGUUUGCUGCUGCCGUCACAGGAACCCUUAUUGUGCCUUUGCUGCACAGGCAGAACCCUUUUAGAGGAGCUGGUGGAUGCCAGUCACCUCCCGAUGGCAAACCUACAAAAUGAGAGUGGCAAGUGUACCCAAGCCAUCGCCAGUUAGAGUCCGUUCUAGAAGAUUGUGCAUUUAAAAUUAAAUAAAAUAAAACUUCACAUUCCAGGCCUAUACAUUUAUUCAGGUGGUCUGAAAUAAUCAGGUGGGGUGAGGGGAGGAAAGCAGUAGUGAGUAUGAGACUUAAAAUUUGGACUUCCUCCAAGAUAAAAUAGCGCAGCAUAGAAGAGGCAAAAUCCACAAAGCGUUGCAAUCCAAAAAGGAGUCUUAUUCGGAUGAGGAGUAGAGCACGUAAAAAUAAAAUUUAAAAAAGGCAAGCAAAAAGAACAAACACAUGCCAAUGAGUAUCUGUGCUAAUGUGUUUCUUAUUUUUCCGCUGUGGAACUUGGUUUGAAGGCUGCAUAAUGUCACAUAAAACUUUGUAUCAUCACAUCACAAAUAGUGCUGAAUAAAACCGAAUGUCAACCCUGUC